AUAUAACGCUUGUACCCAGGACGAACAACAAAUUCUUUCUAAAUCUCAGGUAAAAGCAAUUGACGAUGUGUCGGCUCAACGCGGGAAGAAUUUCGUGUCUAAUAAUUUGGGCCCUGAGGUUGCGCAUCAUGAAAGGGAAAGAAAUAUCAUGGACAUCUCAUCUGGUUCUAUCUCGCGUGGCAAAAGUUUUUUACCUGCUGAAACAGAUCAUACUGUGACCAGAGCACAUGCUGAAUCGAACGACAUGUGCUCUGAGCCUAUCCAUGGGGAUUCUGCUACCGAUGUAGAUGAAGAAUGCGGCAAACCAAGUUCCAUUCCUGUUGAGAUAGAUGCUCACCUAGAGACAGAGAUUAUUGAAGAAGAUGCCGGCACAUGGCAAGCCACAUGCCAGAGUAUCCCAGCGAAUACUCGAUUACCCUUGAGAGAUGACCUUAGCCAACUGCCGUAUAGCCUGGCGAUCGCGACGGAUAGCGUCGAAUAUUGCACAACUAAAGACAUCUCACACAUUCCGCAAGCCACAGUACUCUCAACUGAGAUAGCACCAGACUUCCAUGCUUCUGUCGCCACAAUGGAGAGCAAUGAUUGCAAGCUCCCAGUAUGCGGGGCUAGUGCAGAUUAUGAAAGGCACCGCACUGUUAAUAUUGCUGAUAUUAACGAUACACACCAAAACGAGACGCUGGGUCCCUCCCGCGAGCCGUCUCCCACCUUUUAUGAAUUCCAAAUAGAUCACGAUGAAAGGGCCCAGACAAUUUCUUAUGAUCGACCGUCUUCAGAAAACCAAUAUUUCGAACAACGCGAAGUAACAGAAGCUUUUGACGAGUAUCAGCGCUCAGUAGAGGAUGGAGUUGAAAGCAUCGGUUCGUGCUCUGAACCAAGUGUGCGACGAUCUUUGAGGGCCCGCCACCCUCUAGAACAAGUUCAGACCCCCCAAGAGCUCAAUAAGAGGAGAGCAUCAAAGGACAAAAGAAAGGUCCAUCAAAAGCGGACUAAAACUGAAGAUAGCCCUAAGACGCAAAGACUUACUUUACUUAAGGAGAUGGAGGAUGUCGACCAGGACAUCAUUAACCCACAGGACAUAUAUCAGCAGUUUCUGGAUCGAUCCUCUGGUGUGGAUGAAGACGCAGUGCGAAUUCUUGUCCGCCUUUUCUAUGCGAUUGCCAGCCCUCAAGCAUUCGAUCAACUCAAGGAUGUGUGUACACUUAUCAGAACGGAGGGUGAGGUCGUCAUACUCCAGAAGACCGACACCGCUGCGCAGACUAUCAACGCCCUCAACGCACUGGAUACCGCUGCUACGGUUCACUCUAUCCUUCGGCGAUUCCAUCUCGUCCGCUUACUUGAGCAUCGAACAGAACGGGAGAGGCAACAUGAAUCGGAGAAGCCUCAACGCCGGGCGAAAAAGUCUAAGCUACCGAGGAUGAAGGGAUUACGCACAUACCAGAACUCUUCUUCACUUGCCCUGGCUGACCUUAUGGCUGAGGCAUACCCGCAUCUGGACAAGCCUGCGCGUAUCCGGGAUGCGGCUGGUACCGAGUAUGGUAAGAGGCACAGCUCACUUAAGCAUAUGCUUGUUGCUGGAAGGAAUUGGCAUGCUUUGCAGCAAGCGUUUCCCCUUGGUAUAUUGGCCCUCAUACCCACAGGUAGGGAGUGCGGGAUUCAGAACUCCGAUAUCGAACGGUUGCACGCCUCUGUCUUUGAUGGAUUUCUUGAUAUCUUGACUGAGUUACGAGGCGACUUCAUCCGUGAAGUCAGCACCACUGUUUCUCUUCACCUAACCGAUAUUUUGUUCAGACGUGACUUGCAAUGGAAGUACAGAUUUGAAACGGUCGACGCCCAAACGCUGAGGUCUCAUCGUCUGGAUGCCCCUGUCCUGGUCGAAUUGUGUGGCACAGAUUGA